AUGCGCCCAUUGAUUAAUGACUUGAAUUUGGAGACCAUUUGUCUUCCUCGAGCCCACGAUGCCGGCUUGUACGAGCCAGCCCAUUACAGACGUCUCGGCUCUCUUUCGACCACAAUCACACAAGAGAAGACAAUCUUUGAUCAGCCUACGCUGGGAGUCCGGCGAUUCGAUCUGAGGCCCUGUAUCGUCAAUAGUAACUUCGUCUGCGGUCACUACGAGUACAUCAAGCCAGCGUACGUGCCCGGCAAUGUCUGGGACUUCACUAAAACCGUGGGCAUUGACAAAGAUAUCUUCGGCGGUUCGAUCGGAUGGUAUUCUGGCGGCGAGGGUGCAUCAGUGGAUGACAUCGUCAACCAGGCCAAUCAGUUCACAAGCAAGUUUCCUGGCGAAUUCAUCAUCCUCGAAGUCUCUCAUCUGUUCAAUCUCGAUAGAGAGGUACAAGAUCAAGAGUUGGGAUACCAAAUGAACCAGGAUGAAUUCGACAGACUCACUGAUGCGCUUGCUAAGUUGAAUGAACUCUACGUUUAUCAAGACGGUUCGAAAGCAGCGAUUACGAAGACCAAACUGAACGAGCUUCUCACACCAGGCAAGUCGUGUGUCAUGGUUCUGACGGAUCCAGCGUCGGGCAUCACUUUGGGACCAGCCAGAGAAGGCAAGGGAUUUCGAUGUUCAAGUCUUAGACCCAUUGAAGACACAGGAGUUUUCCAUGACAAGGCAGCAAGAACCCAUCGAAGCAAGAUGUUUGGAGGUUCUAGUUCACUUUUGAAACAAGGCCUCUGGAGCAUUACGGACGUCGCUCGUUGGCUGGCUCCACAAAAGCUGUCAGAGGCUUUAUCCACGCGACCACCAGGUAGAUGCUGGACGUGUCUCAGUGCAGACUGA